UCACUGAGCUCCAUGAAAUAAAUACACCAAGUUUGUCUCCCUUCUCCAGUCUGACAGGAAUGAGGUCAGACACACCGAUCCUCGUUGCACAUGAUGAUUAUUAUUAUUAUUUUUGCCCCUCCCUGUCUUUUUUGGCCCGGCCAAUCAGAGGGCGAGGGGCGCGGCCCCAGUGAAUAACCGGGGAUGGAGACAAGCGCCGAUUGGCCGGCGGUUCUUCGGCCGAGAAGCUAUAAAAAGGCGCGGCGGUCCUUGUUGUGUUUACAGUAAGGUUGACAGAGCGCGCAGGCAAACGGGGAGACUAUGAGAAAGCGCAGCGGCUCCAUUCAACCACAUGGUUCCUCAACCGCACACGCGAGCCGCGCCGCUGACGUCCACUUGAGGGACUUGCACUGGUGUCGUCCACAGCGACGCGUUCUCAGUCCAGUGGGUCGAGUUUUCAGCCGCACCGGCAGUUGAAAAGUUGACUCUCGGGUCGGUUUUUUUUUUACUGUUGUUGUUAUUUUUUUCCUUCAAGUAAAUUGAGCCCAAAAGGUUCCGAGUCGAGAUUGAAGAGAGACUUGGGAAGUUUUUUUUUCCUGGUGUUGUUGCGAGGCACAAGUUUAUUCGUCGGUGUGACAGGAACGAGUGGGGACUAUUGUUGAGAAGCGGCACUUUUUUAUUUACCGCACUGUAAGGAUGGUGCAGCAGCAGCGGCAGCUGCAGCACGUGAGCGCCCGAGCUCUUUCCCCGGCCGGGGACUCCACGGACAGCGGGGAGAUGGACUCGGAGAUGGACGCGUCUCCCGCCCCGGCGGAGCGGAGCGACCUGGCCUGGUGCAAAACCCCGACGGGCCACAUCAAGAGACCCAUGAACGCCUUCAUGGUCUGGUCGCAGAUCGAAAGGAGGAAGAUCAUGGAGCAGUCUCCGGAUAUGCACAACGCGGAGAUCUCCAAGCGGCUGGGCAAGCGGUGGAAGCUGCUCAAAGACGCCGACAAGAUCCCCUUCAUCCGGGAGGCGGAGCGCCUGCGGCUCAAACACAUGGCCGACUACCCAGACUAUAAGUACCGGCCCAGGAAGAAGGUCAAGUCCGGCAGCGGGGCGAGCAAGCAGCAGGCGGAUCGCGGGGAGAAGAGCUCGGAGCGCGGCGGCAAAGCCAAAAGGAGCCCCGCGGCCAAAGCGGCGAGCCGGGCGCACAAGCACGUAGCUAGCAAGACCACCAGCAGCUGCAGCAGCGGCAGCAGCCCCCCGGGUCCGGACGGCGCGCCCCUCGGCGGCGACCACCAGAGCCUCUUCAAAUCCAGGUCGGUGUCCGCGGCCAGACAGAUCCCCGACAAGCGCGCCGGAGAGGCGAGGCGCGGCGUCACCUGCGCCGGGGCGGGCAGCUGCGAGAGCGGGCCUCCCUCCGCCGCGGUCCCGGCCAGUCCCACCCUGAGCAGCUCGGCCGAAUCCAGCGACCCGCUGAGCCUGUACGAGGAGCAGAGCCCCGCGGGCAGCGAGUCGUCCCCCACCGCGCGCCUCAGGUACUCGCGCGCCUCCUCCCCGACGCCGUCAGCCUCCCACUCGUCGUCGGUCUCCUCCUCGUCAUCCUCCUCCUCCUCAUCGGAUGAGGAGUUCGAAGACGAGCGGCUCGACUUGAACCCGAGCCCCGGCUACGAGAGCAUGUCUCUGGGCGGCAUGGGCUUCUCUGACGCCGAGCUGGACCGGGACUUGGACUGGAGCUUCGGGGAGUGCGGCGCCGGCUCCCACUUUGACUUCCCGGACUACUGCACUCGGGAGGUGAGCGAGAUGAUCUCAGGAGACUGGCUGGAGUCCACCAUCUCCAACCUGGUGUUCACCUACUGAAACCGCAGCCGAGCCGAGGCGACCCGCGACGAACCCUCCCGAGUUGUGAACUCUUCGACCCCCCCGUCCCCCCCCCCCCCCCCUCCCCUCCCCGCCGGAGCCAUUUUCACGGAAUAGAGUGGAAAGAGGGAGACGCUGCGUGUGCGCGCUACUCACAGACUCGGUGCCUCUGCCGGGGGCGCGCGGGCGGUGCUAAGGGGGGAGAAAAAUGCUUCGUUUGCAUUUGGAAGCAGUGGAGGAGUGAAUGUAAGCAAGAAAGAAGUGAACGUUAACUCAUGAGAUGACGAGUGACAAUAAACUGAACAUUGGUGUUAUUUUUCAUGGGGCGGGGGGGGGGGGGACACUUCAAGUGUGUUUUUGCCCCCCCCCUCUAAAAAAACGUAGUUCCACUUUCAACACGCAUGCUCUCCUGAAUGAGGAGGAUUUAGCUGUUGUUAAAUGUUCAUUGCAGCGUAACGACGCGACGUGUGAGACAGUCGGAUGGACACAAUUCACAAUCACCAGCUUCUCUUUCAACGGCAGGACUUCCCAAAAAAAAAAAACUGACUCCAGACUUCAAAAAACCUUUCUCAGCUUUCUUAAAACACUCAGUGCACAAUUCAGGACCAACGCCCCCCCCCCCCCCCUCCCCAUCCUAGUCUGCAUCCUUUCUGCCUAGUGCUUCAAGUUUCUAGUUCCUCUGUGUCGAGAUGACUUUUUUUAUAUUGAUGUAUUUAUACCGGCCCCCAUUUUUUUAUACAUAGAAGUAUUGUUCUCGUACAGGUCUCGUUCAUGUGCGCGUGUAUGUGUGUGUCUGCACAUACACUUGUCUGUACCCAGCGCGGAAGGGCUAGAAGUGUCUCUUAUUUAAAGUGUCUGACCUCUCUGACUUUUGGAGUGCGUCAUGAUUUUUUUACUUGUAUUUUUGUACAAAAUCUAUUGAAAGUCGAGGGGUUUGUGGGGCGUGGCCACGGAGGGGCGGGGCUGAGAGUGGGUAGACCCCAUUGCAUUGUUGUUUGGAUCUACAUUUCGUGUUUGGGAGGGAGUGGGCGGGGGGAGGGGGAGUUGGGCGAGGGGCGAGUUCAGUUGGCACAAUCUGACCUCACACCGUGUUUACAAUAUUUAGCCACAUGCUUCUUAAUGGCACAGUGACUCCAGUUCCACCAGCCAAGUCAACAAAAACACCACCGAGGGGCUCCCAUGCUGCCUCAAACGGUGACCGUCUUAUUCCAGUACACAUCAUCAAGACUUGUCAGGACUGAAAGAUCCCAGAGUGUCACUGUUUAGAUAGAGCUAAUACCUCUGUGUGCUUUUCUUCUUGUUCUUGUUCUUCUUCUACUUCUUGGUCUUCUGCUCUUACUUUCCAUGAUAAGUUUUAUUUUGAACCACUGGAUGGAAUUUCACUCUCGUUUCCACUUUGCCUGGACUUUGGAGGGAAGAAGGUGUAUGAAGUGCUUUCAUCUGUUCUCGCGCAAAACCGCAUCCAAAAUAGUAUUUAAUCUUUCUGUACCUGUUGGCUAAGUAUAGCAAAAGGCUAAUUGUUUUUUCCUAUAUUAUGGCAUGGCAAAAUAGCAUUUGUAUUUCAGAUUCAGGUAUAUGUAGCUAUAGCUGUUGUGUUGAAGAUUUUUAAAAGAAAAAUAACAUGAAGAUAUUUAUGUAAACUGACUGUACUAUAAGCAAAGAUUGUGUGUUUUAUGUAUGAUGACGAUGAUGACGACGAUGAUGAUGAUCAAUGACAGGCACUAGGACGGCCAUCUUUGGACACGUCGAAGAUGAUUGUGGUCCGGGAGUUUCUCUUUUUCCAAGACAUUUUUCAACAUUUUCUUUUUUUUUUUUUUUGCUUUUUUCUUUUGUUGUUUUCUUUUCAUUUGUGCAAUAUGCUGUGUAUGACCAUGUUGUGUCCAAUCAUGCCAAUAUUGUUUUGUUGUUUAUGACAAGAAAAAAAAAAAAAGCAGCCAACGUUUUGGGUCAAUCACUGCCUCUCAGACCUCUGUACAGAUUGUUGUUUUUAUUUGUAUUUCUUUUCCUCCGAGAAGGAAAUAAAAUCAGCUGGAACUGAAAAGUGCAACACA